AUGUCUUCUCGUCCGGAGCUCAAUGCCCAUAAAUUUUUUGCAGAUCGCUUCGCCGCUGUCCUCGCUCAGCAGGGGAACUCUCCCCGCCAAGUGUCGUCUAUGGGCUUUGGAGCCUUAGCCAUCACCGAUGGCUCGCCUUCUGCUGCUGCAGCUUCCGCUGCAGUUCCUUCUGCCCCCGCGUCCCCUGCUGCGGUUACGACCCCUCUCUCCUCUGGCCAACAGGAGGUCAGACCUGCUCCUGUUGGCCCUUUGCAAGCUUCGGGUCAGUCCGCUACUGUGGUGGAAAUCGACGAUGAUGAUGAAGAGAUGGAUGGUGAUGAGGAGGUGGUUGGUGUUCGUCGUGGCGAAGAGACGGGUGUGUUGGUUGAUGAUGGUGAGACGGGUGGUGCAGAUGAUGAUGAUGAGAUGGGUGAGGUCGAUGAAGAUGAGGAAAUCCUCAGUGUUGAUCUCGGUGAUCCGGCGCUGUUUGAGGAUAGAGAACCUUGGGUGUCAGAGUUGGAAAAGUUAAGCCCUGUUCGUGAUAAUGAGGGGUCUCCCGAAUUCCGCGUACGGCUCCAGACUUCUUUCGGGAAGAAACGGGUUGCGUAUCAGGAGAAGAUGGAUACUCUGGCUGAGAUUAAAGCCGAGAAACGUCGCCGUUCCCCUUCCGCCCACGACGAAGUAACCCCUCCUUCGGCGAAACGGGUCAAAGAGACCCCUCGAUCCACUACAGGACAGGCUGGAUUGUUUCCCUCCCCUUCCCACGAGCCAGGGAGUGCUCGCAAGGCAUCGUUGCGAGAGCAGGAUAGGCUAUGGAGGUUGUUUAUCGAUGAAAGGGAGCGAUGGGAGGUCGCCAGUAUCGAUGAGUCGUGUGAUAGAUGUCGCCGUGAAAUUAUCACGUAUGGGAGAGCGAAAUGGCCGUGUCUACGACCGGUCAAACCUCAUAAUCGCGGGUCCCGUUGUGCUUCUUGCACUUCUGGCUCCUGCUCGUUCUGUCCCCCCAACACCGCUCGGGAUAUUCCUCCUAGACCUUCUGCUCCCCCCGGUCCCCCCUACACUCCGUCCGCCGCUGUUCGCCGCCGUCUCCCCACAGCCCAAGACGGGGACUAUCCUUCGCGCUCUCCUUCGGCGAACUUCUCCUCUCCCGGCCCCAUCUCGCCGUCACCCGCCGUCCGUCGCCCGCCUAACUCUCCCGUGGCCGGACCGUCUCGUCUCCCUGCUACUCCUUCUGCAGGUUCGUCUCGUCGCGCGCCUCGCCGUGCUCCCUCUGCCUCCCUCCAGCCCUCAACACCUGUGGCUGGCCCAUCUCGUCUCCCGGCUACUCCUUCUGCCGGUCCGUCUCGUUCCACCAGGAGCCGUCCUACUCCUGCGUCAACCCAAGAGGAGUCUUCCCUAAGUCUCCCUCCUGCCCUUGGGACCCGAAGCCGUCAACCAUCUGCUCCUCCUGCUUCUGGGCUCUCAACUCCUGCACCUCCUGUGAAAACUCCUCCGAAAUCUUCGAAAGAGAAAGGCAAGAAGAAGAAAGCUGUCCAGUUCGAACCGGCUGUGGUGGAAAACGAAAGUACUCAGCUACCAGAGGAAAUCCCUCCUUCCCUCGACCACCCCACUAUUGCUAUCGACCCUCGGAUACCAGAGGAAGACAAACAGCUAGCCACCUUUCGCUCCACGAGAUACGGCGAAGCUCGUCGAAUAUUGCGUGAAGUUGGUCUCCGCGAUGAAUACUCUCUCUCGGACAAUGGCAACCCUUGUGAACUCCUCCGACAUAGGGCCAUUAGGGCGAACUGA